GUAGAAGCCUUGUGUACCCAUAUGUAUACAUAUAUAUACCCAACUUGGUGCAGCUUCUCAUUAUCAAGGUAUCAUCAUUUCCCAAGAGAAAAGUGGGGUUAGAAAAAGUGAGGAAAAUGGAGCUCAAUUAUCAACAUGGCUACAUAGAGGAGCUGCUGGCUCUCAGAAGAGACGCUUGGGAAACUAUACCAAGUUUUCCUACAGAAAUGGGUGAGCUUUUCUCUAAUGGGUGGAACUUGGAUUGCUUUGAUGAUAAUCCUGCAGCCACACUCCCUCCCAUUUCUUUCCAUCAAGGAUUCUCUUCUCCUCUUAAACAAGACUUCAACAAUUACUACUUGAAUGAAGUUUCCUGCCCAUUUGGCAAUGAGUUCUCGACACCACCAUUCACAGAUGAGUUCUCAGCCCCACAGAUUACUGAUUCUUCGUACAACACCCUUGACAUGCCGUCGUUUCCUGUUCAAGAAGAUACUCCAAUGUCCACCAUGGAGGAUGAUCACGACAUGGGCCUGCUUCCAAAUCAUGCCCAGAGUAUGGAGAUGCCUGAUUCUUGCAAAGUUGAGCCAAUUCAGUCUCCUGAAAUGCCGGUUUUCAAUAUUGGUUCUUUCCCAGAAAGAAAAAUGAGAGGUAAGAAGUUGGAGGGGCAACCAUCAAAGAAUCUAAUGGCUGAGAGAAGAAGAAGAAAGAGGUUGAAUGAACGGCUUUCGAUGCUAAGAUCAAUUGUUCCUAAGAUAAGCAAGAUGGACAGAACAUCAAUACUUGGAGAUACAAUAGAUUACGUGAAGGAGCUACUUGAGAGAAUCCAAAACUUGCAACAAGAAAUUGAAGUGGGUUCCGAUCAGUUGAACAUGAUGGGCAUUUUGAAGGACACAAAAUCAAGUGAAUUCAUAGUGAGAAAUUCACCGAAAUUUGAUGUAGAAAGAGUAAAUGAGGCUACACGGAUUGAGAUUUGCUGCGCAUCGAAGCCAGGGCUGUUGCUAUCGACAGUAAAUACUCUAGAAACCUUGGGCCUUGAGAUUCAACAGUGCGUUAUUAGCUGCUUCAAUGAUUUUGCAAUGCAAGCUUCUUGCUCAGAGGAAUUGGAGCAGAGAAGACUGAUAAGUUCUGAAGAUAUAAAGCAAGCAUUAUUUAGAGGUGCAGGAUAUGGUGGAAGAUGUCUGUAGAAAUAAAAGAAGUAGAAAAUGGAGGAACUUUACAAGGAAUUUUAAUAGAUAGUUUUUUAAAUCUCUGUUAUUUGAAUGAGGUUUUCAAGUGAGGUUGUAGUGACUUCAAUUUUUCAAUAAAGUUACUUCUACUCAUCAAA